AUGAUCUUGCCGACAUGGGAGGAAGUAAUUGACCAGUACGAAGAGGAAGAUCUCUUCCACGCAGAAGAGCGGAUCACUGGGUACCGACCUGGGGGCUUCCCUCCUGUAUCGAUCGGGGACAUUUACAACGAUCGCUACGAAGUCUUCAAUAAGUUAGGCUGGGGCGGAUUCUCUACGGUAUGGCUUGCAUUUGACGAAAGCACGGAAGAAUGGGUGGCGUUGAAGAUUCUCAGGGCUGAGGCGUCGCAAGAUUCUCGAGAACUAAGAGCAUAUCAGCGUCUGGCAGAUCUCGAGCUCUCACAGCCUGAGGAGUGGAGGAAGAUAUCUAGCCUCUUCGUCCAACUGAGAGACCACUUUUUCCACCAAGGUCCAAACGGCAAUCAUCUCUGUCUGGUUACCGAACUCCUUGGUCCCCGUCUUUCUCUUGUUCUUGAAAAGUUGAGCGAUGAUCACGAUAGGUGGCUUUCACCAGACAUGGUCCUGAAAGUCGCGCGGAAGCUGCUGGAGGCGAUUGACGUCUUACACCGAUCUGGAUUUGCCCAUGGAGAUCUAAACAUGAACAAUAUUGCUUUCACCUGUCAUCGCAUGAUAAGCAGUCAAGCCAAUGAAGCCACUGAAGCCACUGAAGCCACUGAAGCCAAUGAAGCCAGUGAAAACAAUGAAGCCACUGAAGCCAGUGAAAACAAUGAAGCCAGUGAAGCCGAUGAACUCACUGGAGAUCGAAUUUGGGAUGAGAUUGCUGGAUCACGCUGCAGAAAGUUGGUUCGCCGAGAUGGAAGACCAGUAGGUCCAUCGGUUCCAGAGGAAUAUGUGGCAGCCGAGUCAUGGGAUGAUUGGAAUGACGAAGAAUUCGAAGAUGUCAAGAUCCUCGAUCUAGGCGACUUGUUCAGCCAACAGGAACAGCCUGGUACAUGCGCUUUACCAUACGAUUGCCGACCGCCAGAAUUUAUCUUCGAGGAUUCUUUCGACCAUAGAAGUGAUCUAUGGCAAGUUGGCUGCGCGUCUCAACCUCCGAAGAUCUAUAAGCUGGUCUUUCACAUGUACCCUUUCAUGGCCAUGGGUGAAAAUCGACUCCUUGUCCUCACUAUGAUGAGUAUUCUGGGUGACCUACCCAAGGAGUGGAUCCCUCGUUGGGAGAGUAUACAACAAGAUUCAGACCCAAAGUUGCCGAAGCUGGAUCCGGAGAGUACGUUCAUCCACACCCGUCAAACCAACCAUUCCUUCUUCCAAGUUAGUUCGGGUUUGAUGGUCGGAUCUAUCCCAGUUGCUGCGUGUGCUUUGGCUGAAUGUAUCCAAAGAAUGCAAAUAUCAGUUCACUAA